AUGGGCUGGCUAAAGCACCUCCGGUCUAAGAGCCACCUCAAAGACAAGUCCAAACACCAUGGCAACGAUCACCAUGCCUAUCCGCACCCUCCGAUGCCAGUCUACCGCGGCCGUGACUGCACCGAGAAGCUGCCCGACAAGGUGCUGCGCCGCAUCUUCGAAUUCGUAUGCCCCCACACCACCGACGACACUUAUGAGACGAGCGAGAAGAGCAUGAUCGGAGAUGGCUGCAUGCUGUGCGAUUUGCGCGAUCUGGCCAGCUGCGCCCAGGUGCGCCGCCGCUGGUAUGGCGUCGCCCAGGGCUUGCUAUAUAAAUGCGUGCGGAUCGAUGCCGUCCACUACUGCGAACUUGAGGAAAUCUUGGCCCAGAACCGACGCCGCAAGUCGCGCCACGAGGCCACUGACGUGCCGACCGCCCGCCUCCAGCUUUUUGCCCGUACUGUCAGGGAUAACCAGUAUCUUGCCGAGACCGUCGAGCUGCUCAAGCUGCCAUACAUGACACGCGAGACGUCCAAGGCUGACCUUGCCCGCACCGUCUCCGUCCUGCCCAACCUGCGCUACGUCGAUCUGCCCGACGGAUUCUACUCUGGCGACGCCGGAAGCCACACCCUGCGUCAGGAGCUGCAGGUCCGCGGCGGCAACCUUCGGAAAAUGAAAUACGAUGCUGGCUCGGAACAACUCUUUGAAAUGCUUCUCCAGGGCUUCUGGCAGCGCAUUGAAGUUCUCGAGCUUAGUCGGCUGAGGGUCGAACCGGUGACUUUGAGGCAGAUCCUUGCCUGCCUGCCGCAUCUCCGUGAUCUGAAGGUCUCAGAGUCCCCUUGGCUGAACGACUCCAUGUUCGAAAGGGCGCCUAACGUCCCGGAAUUCCCGGCCCUAGAGCGCUUGACACUGGACGAGAUGCCCGGAAUCACGGCAAAUGGCUUGUGCGCCUACCUCAGCGGCCGUGAGAACUCGACGCGACUGAAUUACCUGUCACUGUCCACAACCGGCGUGACCGUGGACGAGCUCCAUACAGUCCUUACUGCUGGUCCGUACAUACGAGAGCUAGCAAUAUCCGGUACGGUAUCCACAUCGCUUCCGAUGCAAGCACGGCCACCCCUGAGGUCGAUGAUUCUCAGAACGCUCUAUUUCGAGAUAACCUCGGCCUCGAACGCCUUCCAAGGAUUGCAGCCACCGCACUCUUCUUAUUAUGCUUACCUAAUCUCAUCCCUCCUUACCAAUUCGCUCCCAAAUCUGAAAGACCUAUACGUCCGCGACCAAGACUUUGCAGAGACACUAACUCUAGCCCCGCCGAUGCCGUCAUACGCUACUGACGGUGGGUCCGGCACAAGAGGUCUGACCCAGCCCUUGAACAUCUACGCCAAGGGGCUUGAUGAACUCGAUUGGAUUUUCUCAACCUUCCAGCCUCCUGACGAGCCAGGCCAUAGGGGCAGCUUCAGUGGUGGACGGCCCUUGUCUGCGUACGAUGCGUCCAGGGGACUGGGUCCCCAGUGGGGCAACGAUAACCGCAAGAGCGUUGUCGUCGGCAACGGGUUUGGUGGGUUCCUGGCUGUUCCGGCGGAAAUGCCCGAGAGACCGAAGAGCGCCGGCAGCUGGACAAAGGGCGACAGCUCAGGCGGCCACUUCAGAGGCCACAACAGGGCGGACAGUUACAGCUACAAGAGAGCAAGCAGAGCAGACUUGUGGCGUUAG